AUGCCGUCAUUCGUCGAGGCUUCGAUCGUCUUUCUGAGCGACCGGCUCCAGAGAGAGCGCCUCUUCGACUCGGAGGAGCGCAGUGAGAGCGCCAAGGCGGCCGGCAUCGCGGCGCUGAGCGGCAGCCUGGCGUCGGCGCCCGUCAAGGCGUCCGCGCUGCUAGCCACCUUGCCCGUCAAGGCGCCGGCGCUGGCCCAGUGGGAGUUCAGCACCGGGGCGCUCGCGGUGCAACUCGCGCUCUUCGGCGUCGUCUACCGCUACGCGGCGCGCAGCGACUUCAACGACACACCGAAGCGAGGGACGGUCUUCGCCUUCGCGCUGUGCCGCGCCCUCAGCUCCGUGCAGCCGUCCUUCAGCGACAGGCCCGAGAUGUUUGUGCAGCUGCUCGCGUACUUUGGCGAGUCUGUCUUUGCGUUUGGCGUCGCGGCCGCGUCGCUCGGGUACGCGUGGAAGAGGGGAUGGGUGCUCCGGCUCCCGGCCGCGGGCCUGCCGCCGUAUUACCCGGAAGUCUUCCGCGACGGCCCGCCGCCGCCCUACUACGACGGGCCGAUGGACUACCGCGAGGGCGGCCCGCCGCCGCCGUACUACCGAGACCGGGCAUUCUCGGACGGGCCUGACCAGCCGCCCUUCUGA